CACAAGCCAAGCGCACGCGGCAGCGGAAAAUCGGAAAACCCAGUCGCCAGUUGCCAGUUGCGAGUUAUACAGGCGCCGACAAGCGACGAAGUGAAAAGUCGCAGUUGUUUUUGCUCCUUGUCUUCAGUUCGCCGUGAAUCCUCGAAUCGUUCGGACGUGUGUCCGUGUCGCGCGGAAUUAAAUAUUUGACUAAUCAACGAAAGACGUAAUUGUUGGCGCGGUCUCGGAAAUUAAGCAUUUCGAAAAUAUUUUAAGAAAACAAAUCAACAAUUAUCAGCAAUUAUUUCUGAUCAACGAGGGCAACGAAUUCUUUUGGAUUUCGUUAAAAUGAGAAAAUGACAGCAAAACGUGAUAAGGAUUACUCGAAAAAUAAAUCAGCACCUGGCAUCGGAUUCACCGCCGCCGGCUCAACAAAUGGCAGCGGCAUAAAGUCCAUCGGGCUGGUUAGCUCGACGCAGAAUGUGACUUCGUCGCAGGACAUCAGCAAGCGGACAAACAAACCACUCAUGGAGAAGCGACGGCGGGCGAGGAUCAACCAGAGCCUGGCCAUCCUGAAGGCCCUCAUCCUCGAGUCCACCAAGAGCCAGAAUGCCAAGAACGGCGAGGGCCAGGCGAAGCACACCAAGCUGGAGAAGGCCGACAUCCUGGAGCUGACCGUCCGUCACUUUCAGAGGCAUCGCAACCUCGACGAUCCCACGGUCAACAAAUACCGAGCUGGCUACACGGACUGUGCCCGCGAGGUGGCUCGAUACCUGGCCACCCCGGAGCCACCGCCCAUGGGCACCAUGCCCACUUUGGCGGAGCCGGGCUCCAAGGCGCGCCUCCUGCGACACCUGGACCAGUGCAUAGCCGAGAUCGACGUGGAGAUCUGUCCCCACUCGACGGCCACCUUUGCCGAGAGUCCCAGCAGCAGCAGUUGCUUUGACCUGAACCACACCAAGAAGUCCUCCCAGCCGGAGGAGCACUCGCUGGACUACAGCAGCCAGGACUCGAAUCCCCUCGACUACAGCAAGGGUCUGAAGUUGGUGGCCGCGGAGCAGAGAACCCUGCCGGUUACUCCGGCGCCGCAGGACGAGAACAACAAUCGUGGUCUGCAGGCGCAGGCGCAAACUCCCAUACCGAUUCAGGUGCAGAACCCGGCACAAAGUCAGCCCUCGCCGCAGGAUGCAGUGGCUCCCAGCUCGGAGCUGAGCUACGAGGAGGAUCGCAACAAGGUGUGCGCCAAUGUGCUGGAGCAGUACAAGCAGCAGCUGAAGGCGCAGGUGCAGCAGCAACCCGAGUCCGCCAAUGGAGUCUUGGUCCUGCCACCGCACUACGUUCAACUGGCGGCUGCUUUGGGAUUGAGUGCCCAGCCCCUGGUGGAUCCAAUAGCCACCCGCACGGACUUCGAGCGGUUGAUCGAGCUGCAACGGGUGCAACCCCAUUUGGCCGGCAAGCUGAGUCCCAGCUUUCCCGGUGGCCUGGAGGCGGCCCACGUGGCUGCCGCUGCAGCAGCCGCUUAUGCCAACAGCAUGGCGGUGGCCGCAUCCGCCGGAGCCAAUGUAUCCGUUGCGGUGACGCCAUCGGCGCACCAGGAGCGGCCCGCCUCAGUGGCUGCCUCCGUAAGUUCCGGUGUCUCGGUGACGGAACUCAAAUCCAUGCCCGCCACGCAGCAAUCGUCGCCUCGAUCGGAGAGUGGCAUCGGUUCCAACGAGAACGAGGCUGUACCAGUGGCGAGUCCGCGUCCACAGACCAGCAAUGCCGCUCGACAGGCAUUGAGGCAACGCCAGGAGGAGGAGUACCACUACAUGGCCCAGGCGGCAGCGGCGGCGGCUGCUGCAGCAGCUGCUGCUGGACAGGACGAGAGCAUGUGGCGGCCCUGGUGAACCCCCGGUGGGUCAAAGAUCCUACCUACCCUAUGUACCAAGUAUGUAGACUGCACCAGUAUUGGUUGGAUGGAAAACACAGCCGGCAACCGGCUAGCAGCACCAACUGAACGCCAAGUGAAGGAUGAUACCGAUUGUUAUUACCAUUCGUUCCCCGCUCCUUUCCAAACUUGCAUUUCCUACCUGUGCCAAUGCCCCAAGAGACUCUCUACAAGACGGGUUCCAGAGCCAAGGAGAGCGAUUUUAUUUUUGCCCUGAACUCUGCGUUAAAUGUAUUUAAUUCAAUACUAAAAGCUAAAAUAUU